UCCGGAGCAUCCCGUCCCGGCGCUCCGUCGUUUGCUCUGAACGCCUGGGAGCAACGAGGCUACUACGGUCUGGGCAUGAGAAGGGGCUGGACCAGAAGAAGAGAAUAAUAGGCAAUGGAAAAGAACCGGUGGCUACACAACUGUAGCUUUGACUCUACCUGAGGAGAAACCACAUACUUUCUACGUUAGAUAGGAAAAAAACAACUAAACGGAAACAGAUGGGAAACACCAGUGAGACAGCAGCCGAAGUUUAGCGGACUAUUCGGCCACCGAAAAGGCACCCCUCUACCGAACACAGACGGGACGGGGGGACAGUGAUCCAGUUGGUGAUAUUACCGACCAGAGAAGGAGGGACAGUGAUCUGUUGGAGGUGAUCGACCAGAUACGGGACGGGUGGACAGUGGUCUUGUGGAGGUGAUAUUACCGACCAGAGACGGGACGGAGGGACCGUGGUGGUGGUGAUAUUGCCGACCAGAGACGGGACGGAUUUAGGACCCCAACAGGUAAAUGUGUCCAUUGGAAGCCCGACAAUAUGGAACUGAGCCGAAGAGAAGCCCCUCUUUAUGGUCAGGUGGAAGCCUACAUCUCCUUCAGAGACCCCAUCGUCGACUCUGAAGAGACAGACUUCUACGUGGUGCUGGAAGGUUCCACGCUGACCCACGUGACGGGGGCGAGGAGCAGCGAGGGGCGUCUGGGGUUCACCGUUCCUGGUCACAACGUGGUGGAGGUGGUCUCGGUGUCCCCCUUCUCCUACCUGGAGGACGGGUGGGCGCGGCCGUGCGGGGGUACGGCAUCCCUGGAGUACGUCAGCGACGUGGCUCAGGAGGUGGCCGACUACCUUGACGCCAACCGGUCUCGACUGGACCCCCAGAGCCACCUGGAGCUCCAGCGGUUGGCCUCCGGGGGGACAAGUGGCCGGGACCCCCGCGGCGAGGACCCCGCCUCUGGACCCAACGAUGGCGCAGGCCUGGUGGGACCGGGCCCAGUGGGGGACGGGGCUGGGCUCAGGGAACUAGACCAGAGGGUCACAGAGGCCAUGGCCAACAUGGAGGUCCUGCAGCCGUGGAGGAGCCGCCCUGGUGAAGGCCCGCCGAAUGGGGACCCAUCGGCUCACUCAGAAGCGUCACAGCAGCAGCCCAGAGAGACCCUCCUCCACCUGGCGGCGCGCCAGGACCUGCUCCACCUCUGCCGCUUCCUGCUGCACCAGCCCCACAGCCACCGGGCGCUGACCCUGCCCAAUCAGGAGGGAGAGACGCCUCUCCACCUGGCCCAGAGGAGCCGGGAGCACACUCUGUUCAAGGCGCUCACCACCCCGCCGUUCCCAGUGGGUGGCCGUGUUGUGGGGGGGCACUGCCUGUGGUCAGACAGCUCCGGGGUCCUGAGGUUCCACCCUGGGACCGACCAGCUGGUCCUCUCGGCACCCCGCGCCCCUGGACCCUGCCCUCAUGACAUCAUCACCGCCCUCAGAGGCAAACUCAAAGAACCCGGCGUCGUCCGAGCGAUCGCAUCACUCAGAGACCCUGAUGUGACCCGCGGCAAAAAGCGGAUGGACCAGAGUGAUGGAGACCUUUGCACGGAGUCAGUCGUGGAGCAGCAGCCCCCGGGCGAGAGGGUGUUCACCGAACCGCUCGUUCUCUGCCUGGACGAUGAGCAGGACACAGAAGACCACUCCCUGCUACCAGUCGCCAAAGAGGAUCCUGUACAGUCCAAUAGAGCCCAGGAUCUGUCUGCUCUCUGCGUCCAUCCUGUACCCCUGGACGGGACUAACGUCCUGGCUACAGAAAACACCCAUCCGAGUUUGACCGAGCAGCAUGCCAGACAGCACAUCGGAGGGGUGACCACCGACAGCUCAGGGGCCGACUUCAGCGCGCAGGACCAGGAGCACCCGAAGGUGGCCCCGUGCUCGACAGACACCCCCUCACCCACACACCAGCCCCUUCAGGCCGAGGACCGUUCGCAUACCUCCGCACCACCACCGCCACCGCUCGCUCGCCCUCUUGCCCCCUCUGUACUCCCUCUCUCCGGGGAACUCUUUCCAGGCGGAUCAGACCGUCCCACGCCGGAGAAUCUGCCGAACCGGAAGGAGAGUCCGACUCUGGAGGUUGAGGAUCUCAGUCCCAGUCUGGUGGCCCUGGAGCUGGACAGUGAGGAGGACGGCACCGCCGGGCCCCAGCCGCCCUUCUCGGACCUGGGGUCGGCCGUCCAGAACGGGCCGGGCGACACUGACGCCAUGGACACCUUCGACCCCUCCCCCGAACUCACCUGCACGCGCACCAAGUCGGCCUCCUCCGUGUGUGAGGCCACGCCCGCACAGGAGUCGUGUGACCAGGGGGUCCGCCUGCGCUCCUACUCCUACUCCUCCUCUAAGCUCAGCCAGAGGCCCCCUGGGGUGUCCCGGGACAGCCCCCCUCCCAUCUCCAGCCCUGAUGGUGUGUUCCACAACUUCAGCUACAGCCGAUCUCUCCUCCAAGCCCUCUCUCUGUCUAAAUCUCUGUCUCUGCUUCACCCCGGUAAGCAGAGAGCCACCAGCCAAUCAGAGCUGACCCAUGAAAAAAGGGAGGUCAGGUUACGUAGACGGGCCCAGUCGGCCGACGAUGAAGGCGUCACGGGGCUGUCAGAGUCCCUUCAACAUCUCACUUUAUCUGAGUUUCUUAAAGAAAUCGAAGAGGAAGAGUUUGAUAAGUACAACAUCCCGUCCAAGUCGGACUCGGACAAGUACAAAGUGAUCCGGACCUUCAGCUUCCUGAAGAACCGGAUGACCAGCACACGCAACAAGAGCAAGGGGAAGGCCAAGGACAGAGAGGCCAAGGAGAGACAGCUAAAUGGACACCAGUUUGCCACUGGUUCCUGCCUGGGACCCACCGUGUGUCUGAUCUGUGAAAAGCCUGCCUCUGGACGGGACCUUCUGCAUUGCUCCAGGUGCAUGUCCAUGGUCCACAAAGGCUGUAAGGACUCUGUCCCUCCAUGUCUGAAGAAGCCUCAGGAUAAGUAUGCCGUUUCCAUGGUGAAGAACAGAACAGCCUCUCUUCCACAAAAUUUUACCCUGAGGGACGGCCCCCCUCUGUGCGUUCACCCCAACACCAUGUCCUUACCGGUCAGCAGCCCCAAGGAGAGGAGGGAGGGAGCCCUGCUCUUCAACCCGCACUCUGGGAGCUUCUCCAACGCAAGCGACAGGCAGAGUGAAAGUUCCGAGCCAGAGACCGACAGCUGGAGGAUUUUCAGCCAAUCGGAUGAGCUCCCUCAAACCGCAGCCUCUUCCACUUCCACAGACUCCUCCAUCGGAGAAGACUGCGUGGACUCGUUGGUGGGCAACGACCUCACGGCCGGCGCGGUGGAGUUUGAGGCAGAGUCGUGGAGCCUCAACGUGGAGCACAAGUUCUGCAAGAAGCAGGACAAGCAGGAGGUCAAGAGACAGGACGUCAUCUAUGAGCUGAUGCAGACGGAGGUCCACCACCUGCAGACGCUGCACAUCAUGGCGGAGGUGUUCCGGCGCGGCGUGCGGGAGGAGGUCCAGCUGGACGCCGAGGCCCAGGACCGGCUGUUCCCCGUCCUGGACCAGCUGCUCGCCCUGCACCACGCCUUCUUCUGCUCCAUGAGGGAGCGAUGCCACAGCUCCGCCGCCGCCGCCCCCGAGCAAGACAGCUACCUCAUCAAGCAGAUAGGGGACCUCCUUCUGCACCAGUUCACAGAGGAGAAUGCAGAGAGGAUGAAGCAGGUCUAUGGGGAGUUCUGCAGCCACCACAACGACGCCGUCAGCUUCUUCAAGGAGCUGCAGCAGAACAACAAGAGAUUCCAGACCUUUGUUAAGCAACAAAGCAACAACUCUCUGGUGAGGCGGAGGGAGAUCCCAGAAUGCAUCUUGCUGGUGACCCAAAGGAUCACUAAGUACCCCGUGCUGCUGGAGAGGAUUCUGAAAUACACGCAAGAGGCCACCCAGGAACACGCAGACCUGCUGAAGGCCCUGGCUCAGAUCCGCGAGGUCAUUGCCGCCGUGGACCUCCGCGUCAGCGAGUACGAGCGGGUUCAGAGGCUACAGGAAGUGUGGACCCGCACGGAGAGCCGUAGCUCGGCCAAGCUGAAGAACGGCCACAUCUUCCGCAAGCAGGACAUGAUGCGCCCGGGCCAGGUCCUCAAGCACCAGGGGCUGCUGCUGUGGAAGACCGCCACCGGGCGUCUCAAAGAUGUGAUGGCGCUUCUCCUCGCAGACACGCUCAUCUUCCUGCAGGAGAAGGACCAGAAAUAUGUGUUUGCUGCUGUGGACCAGAAGCCCUCGGUGAUCUCGCUGCAGAAGCUGAUCGUGCGGGAGGUGGCCAACGAGGAGCGGGGCAUGUUCCUGAUCAGCGCCUCGGCCGCCGGCCCCGAGAUGUACGAGGUCCACGCCGCCUCCAAGGACGAACGCAACGCCUGGAUGAGGCUGAUCCGCGAGGCCGUGGAGAGCUGUCCAGAGGAAGAGGACGACUACACCAGCGAAUCAGAGGACGACAAGCGAGCGGCCGAGGCCCGCAUUCAAAAGAUCCACAAACUGCAAGAGAGCCUGAUGAGCCGAGACCAGCAGAUCGUCUCCAGCCUGGAGGAGAAGCUGGGGAUCUACGCAGAGACCAUCGCGCUCCACUGGAAGAUGGACGUGUCCCAGCUGGAGUCCCGCAUACGGGUGCAGCCCCACGCCGAGGAGGUCCCACAGGCCGCCGUGUGGCUGGCUGCCGCGCUGCAGGAGACUGAGAACCUGAAGACCAUGCUGCAGCCCCUGGCCGUCUCCCCCUGCAGCCCGGACACCGUGAGCGACUCUGUGUUCCCGCCCAGCCCCCCGCUCCUCUCCCCUCUCUCCCCCCUGCAUGACGCCGGCUCCCUGUUUGAGGAGGAGGAGGAGGAGGAGGGGGAGGGGGAGGGGGAGGCAGAGUGGAGCGAUUCUGUCACGCUCAACAGUUUGACUCACCUGCAGAAUGGAAGGGGGCCGGGGGACUGCGCCAGCAUCAAGGUUGCCCAGAGUGUUCAAAGCCUGACACAGUUGCUUUACAGUCUGCAGGCCGUGGUGAGCAUCCAGGACAGCUGCCACGAGGUCCAGAAGCUCCUCCUCUCCUCCACUUCCUCCUCCGUCCGCGGCCAGAGGCCCCCGUCCCACGCCUCCUCCUCCACCUCCUCCACCUCCCCCACCUCCUCCUCCUCCUCCUCCUCCUCCUCCGUGCGGGGCCCCUCCCUGCAGGAGCAGGAGAAGCAGCGCAACCUGGAGAAGCGGCGGGAGGAGGCGGCGGCGGCGCUGCGGCAGCAGGGCCGCCUGCGUCUGGACCGACAGCGCUGGGAGAGGGAGUGCCAGGCCCGGGACGGCCAGCAGGGGGCGCUGGAGGCCCGGCUGGAGGAGCGCGAGCGGCGCUGCGGCCUGCAGACGGAGAGCCUGCGGCGCGAGAGGCAGGAGCUGGAGGGCCAGCUGGAGGAGUACCAGCAGAGCCUGGAGCGGCUGCGGGACGGCCAGCGCAGCGUGGAGAGGGAGCGCCGCCGCCUGGACACCCAGCAGAGGGCGCUGCGGAGCUGGAGGCACGGCCGGCAGAGGAGCCUGCCCAGCAUGGGGCCCGCCCUCGUCAUCCCUCUGGGGGACAAGCAGCCAAUGGAUACCGGUUCACCCGGGGACUACAAAUAUGACGGCUCGGUGUUCGUGAACGAGGCUGCGUUCGCCGUCAGCGCGCCCUCCAACAACCAUCACAGGAGGGACGACCCCAGCGCCCACAACUGCCUCAACGCCCUGCUGCUCCGGUCCAACCAGAGGCCCAAGGCCGGCCCCCGGCCCCAGGCCCGGGCCACCGACACAGGCUUCUUCUACCACCCCGCCGGGCCUGAGGGGGAGGGGGCCCCGUCCCCGGCAGGCGAAUACGGCAGCCGAGGUGAAUAUGGACGUACGUCAGCGCUGAUGUCACCUGGGUCCGGGGGGCAGUAUCCCGGCAGCCCCCUCUCCCCCACUGACCCUCGGCUGGACCUCGCCACGAUUGUCUCCAUGGAGACGGAGACCGGCGGGGAGGAAAGCCGGGAAGAGAAAAUUGUUUACCUCUGAAGCGGGGAGCGGUAAAGGUGACCUCCGCUGCAGUACCGGACUCGACCAGCGGGGGGAGCACAAUGGAGGUGCCGCCGUGGUCCGCGUGCUCCGUUCAAAAGACGUUAAAAAAAAAACACGCUCUUAACUCUGUUCUCGAGGGGGUUGUUUUAAUGGAAGAUGGGAUGGCUGCAUAGGAUUUGGUAGCCCGGGACUUCAGUUCACUGGUUGGUUUUGGGCUAUGACGUCAACAACCCAAUGUGUCAA